AUGUCUAAAUAUGGAACCCUGGUUAUGGGGCCAGCAGGCGCUGGCAAGUCGACCUUUUGUACAGCCCUCAUCCAGCACCUCCAGAACAGCAAACGUCCAUGUUUCUACGUGAACCUGGAUCCCGCCGCCGAAGAAUUCGCAUUCGAGCCCGAUCUAGAUAUCAAGGAUCUGAUCAGCCUGGAAGAUGUCAUGGAAGAGAUGAGCUUGGGGCCCAACGGCGGCCUGAUAUACUGCUUUGAGUUCCUCAUGGAGAACCUCGAUUGGCUGACGGACCCGCUUGAGGAGGUUACUGAGGAGUACCUCAUCGUGUUCGACAUGCCAGGCCAGAUCGAGUUGUACACCCACGUACCGAUAUUACCAAACCUGGUGAAGCACCUCAUGACGGGUUCACUUAACAUACGCAUGUGCGCUGCCUACCUCCUCGAAGCGACCUUUGUCGUCGACCGACCCAAGUUCUUCUCUGGCACACUCUCCGCCAUGAGCGCCAUGAUGAUGCUGGAAAUGCCGCACAUCAACAUUCUGAGCAAGAUGGACCUGGUGAAGGGACAAAUAGCGAAGCGCGACCUCAAACGAUUCGUUGAUGUCGAUGCAGAUUUGAUCGAGGAUGAUCCGGCGCGCAAGAAGACAACACCCGAGGAAGAGAGGAAAUACAGAGACCCAGCGUCGACCGAGAGCCUGAUGAGCGGAUCAUCUUUCCACAAGCUGAACAAGGCUGUUGCCGAGCUUAUUGAUGGGUUUAGCAUGGUCUCUUUUCUCAAGCUGGAUGUCCAGGACGAGGACAGUCUGGGCGCCGUGCUAAGCUAUAUCGACGACGCUAUCCAGUUCCACGAAUCGCAAGAGCCCAAGGAGCCGAAAGAUAUGGAAGUAGAAGCCGACAUGUGA